AUACAAAUUUUGUUGACUCAUCUCUCUCUCUCUUCCUUGUUCCCUGUUCAGUAGCUCCUCUAUAUGCACCUCUCUUCUCUACUCAUUUUUGUAGUCUCAAGUAGAAAAACAUCACCACUCACUCUCUUCCACCAUCAUCCUCUUCAUCUUCAUCUUCUUCUUCUUCUUCUUCUUCUUCACUCACACAAUUCAUCAAACACCUUGCACCCUUCUCCUACUUCAUCUUUUCCCCAUCUCUCUGCGCAUCCCUGGCUCUGUUACAGGGUCAGUGUGCGACCCUUUAUGGGCUAAAUGCCCCAAAACGAAUCCCACUGUCACCACAAUGGUGAAACCACCCUCACCACAAGCUCAGCUCCAUCUUCACAGCACUGCAACCCCGUUCUGACCCUUCACCUCAGGGAACCCCAAGACUCCAUUUUGGUCCCCAAUUCAGACACCCUUUUGGCCAAAACAAUGGCUUCCACCACCUCCACUUCCACCGACCCUCUCCCUUCUUCAUCCUCCGACGACGUUGCUGUCAAAGCCGUUAACAAACGCUACGAGGGUCUCGUCACUGUUCGUACCAAGGCGAUCAAGGGUAAAGGGGCAUGGUACUGGGCGCACUUGGAACCCCUUCUGGUUCGAAAUCCCGACACGGGCAUGCCCAAAUCGGUGAAGCUCAAGUGCUCCCUCUGUGACUCUGUUUUCUCUGCUUCAAACCCUUCCAGAACCGCUUCUGAGCACUUGAAGCGUGGAACUUGCGCCAAUUUCAGCUCCGGUUUGAAGCCCGGUUCGGUCCCUUCGCCGCUUCCCAUCUCGUCGGUGGCCGGUUCGAACCGGAAGAGGAGUUCGCCGGAAAUGGGGGGUGUUGGUUCACCUGUGGCUUCUUAUCAAAACCAUGCCUUGGCAAUGGUUGAAAUGGGGUACCCGCAGGUGCACGGUAACUCGGUGAGCCCGCACCAGCAGCAUCAUUUGGUGCUGUCUGGUGGGAAGGAAGAUUUGUGUGCUUUGGCUAUGUUUGAGGACAGUGUGAAGAAGCUCAAGAGUCCCAAGACUUCACCUGGUCCUGCUUUGAGUAAAGAACAGGUUAAUUCUGCUUUGGAAUUGCUUGCUGAUUGGUUCUAUGAGUGUUGUGGGUCUGUGUCUUUGUCUACUCUUGAGCACCGCAAGUUCCAAGCUUUUCUUGGUCAGGUGGGUUUGCCAACAACUCUGAAGCGUGAGAUUUCAGGUCCUAGGCUUGAUGCUAGGUUCAGUGAGGCCAAGGCUGAGUCUGAGGCCAAGGUAAGGGAUGCAAUGUUUUUUCAGGUGGCUAGUGAUGGUUGGAAGAAUAGGAAUUGGUAUAGCUUGUGUUGUGGUGGUGAGAGUCUGGUUAAGUUUAUGGUGAAUCUUCCUAAUGGGACUAGUGUGUUCCAGAAGGCAGUGUCCACCGGGGGAGUGGUUUCAUCCAAGUAUGCGGAGGAGGUUUUGUGGGAAUCGGUGACCGGUGUUAGCGGGAGCGUGGUGCAGAGGUGUGUGGGGAUUGUUGCGGACAAGUUUAAGGCCAAGGCAUUGAGGAACUUGGAGAUUCAGAACCAUUGGAUGGUAAAUACUUCUUGUCAGCUUCAGGGGUUCAUUAGUUUAAUCAAGGAUUUUAACAAAGAGCUACCACUUUUCAGGGUUGUGACUGAGAAUUGCCUAAAGGUUGCAAAUUUUAUAGACACUGAAUCUCAGGUGAGGAAUAUUUUUCUCAAGUACCGGAUGCAGGAGAUGGACUAUCCCGGGUUGCUUCGAGUCCCUCCACCGAAAUGUGACCCUAUGACAAACUUUGCAUCUGUGUUUCCAAUGCUGGAGGACAUUUUGUCCUGUGCUAGAAUCAUCCAAAUGGUAAUGUUGGAGGACUCGUUUAAGGUAAUGUGCAUGGAGGAUCCACUGGCCAGAGAAGUUGCUGGGAUGGUUCAGAAUGAGGAGUUUUGGAAUGAACUAGAAGCAGUUUAUUCACUUGUGAAGAUUAUCAAGGGAAUGGUUCAGGACAUGGAAGCUGAGAGGCCAUUGAUUGGUCGGUGCUUGCCUCUUUGGGAGGAGCUGAGAACCAAAGUGAAGGAGUGGUGUGGCAAGUACAAUGUUAUGGAAGGACCUGUUGAUAAAAUAGUUGAAAAAAGGUUCAGAAAAAACUAUCACCCUGCUUGGUCAGCAGCAUUUAUUCUUGAUCCACUUUACUUGAUUAAAGACACAAGUGGAAAGUACCUUCCUCCAUUCAAGUGUUUGACACGCGAGCAGGAGAAAGAUGUGGAUAAGUUAUUGACUCGGCUAGCCUCAAGAGAAGAAGCUCAUGUUGUGUUGAUGGAGCUAAUGAAAUGGAGAUCAGAAGGGCUUGAUCCACUUUAUGCACAGGCUGUUCAGAUGAAACAAAGGGAUCCGAUGACCGGAAAGAUGAAAGUUGCGAAUCCACUGAGCAGUAGGCUUGUCUGGGAAACAUGCUUGUGUGAGUUCAAAUCACUGGGGAAGAUUGCAGUGAGGCUCAUUUUCCUGCAUGCAACCUCAUCUGGGUUUAAGAGUAAUUGGUCUUUCAUGAGGAAAAUUUCUGCAAAUAAACAACACUCGAGCGCUUCAUUGGAAAGAGCUCAGAAAAUGGUAUACAUUGCAGCUCAUGCUAAGCUUGAAAGGAGAGAUUUUUCCAGUGAGGAAGAGAAGGAUGCAGAACUGUUUGCCAUGAGUGGUAGUGAGGAUGGCAUGCUGGCUGAGGUCUAUGCUGAUGCAACCUUAGUGUAAUGUGCUUCUUUUCAACUCCUGUAGAAUUGUGUAAUUGUAGGAUUUAUCUGAUUCUUUGAAGUGCUUUUCUAAUUAUUCUUUUCCAUCUAGUGGAAAAUUUUCUGGUCUCUGGGUUGAAACAAAAAGGAUAUUAGAGGAGACCUAAAGAGCAUGUUGUUAGUGACUGUGUUAUGAUCAGGAAGGAGCAAGAAGAAUGUCACAGUAUUUUUGCUAGUGAUUUUGUAAUGAGAAUGGUUUUGAGUCCUAAUUCUAA